AUGGCUUCAGAGCCAGGCAACGUCAUUGAUACGGCUUUUAUAGGCCACCUCAUACAUGCGAACACCCAGGAGGCCGCUCGUGCAAAGGUGCGCGAGCAUGUGCACCACGGUGACGCCGCCACUGCCGAGCAGCUGGCUCGCGCCCUGCUAGCCCAGCCGUAUGCGCAGCUCCGCGCGCACGGCCUGCUGGCGGCAAGGCUGGCGGGUCGCACGGACAUCGUGCUGGGCGCGCUGCUGGCCCAGGACACCGGCACGUGGCGGCAGGCGGCCGUUUUUGUGUGUCAGAUGGCGCUCGACCCGGAGCAGACCGCCCAGCUCCUCGCCUGGCUGCUGGGCCCCGCGCCCCCGGUCCGGCGCCGCCACUUCCUCACGCGCCUCGGCCGCCUCCGGCCCCGCCCCCUGGGAGCCGCCCUGUUCGACGGCCUCCUGGCGGCGGGCCGCGGCAGCGACGCGCUGCGGCUGGUGCGGCACGCGGGGGCGCUGGGCGAGGGCGAGCUCGAGGACCUCCUGCGGCGGCGGCUGGUCGAUGCGCAGGGUGGGGACGAGCGCGUGCCCACGUGGGCGCGCCAAGCCUGGACGCGGCUUGCAGUGUCUCGGCCGUCCCUGGGCCUGCGCCUGAUCUUGGAGCUGUGGGCCAAGGCGCAGCAGGCUGCGUUCUGCGGUGACCAGCACACGGAGUGCUGGGGCGAGCGCACAGUUUGCAAGCCCCACACGGCCAUGCUCAUGGUGCGCCGCGCGCUGCUGGCGCUGCUGCACGGGCCGUGCGGCGGCGAGGCCCGGGCCCAGCUGAUGGCGCCGGAGGCCGCCUACUGCAAGGCUGUGGAGGGUUCCUUGGGCGGCCUGGUCACGCCCUUCAGCACGGGCCUGCUGCGGUGUGGCGUCGGCGACGGCAGCCUUGACCCCUUCCUGUCGAAGCGCGGCCUGGCAUGCAAGUGGCACUACCUGCGGGCCCAGCUGCAACGGCUGGACGUCGCAGCAGCCGACGCCGCCCCUCCCAACGGCGCGCAAGAGGCUUUGCUGGGAGCGGCCACGGGCGAUGCAGGGGCGCCGGCCGGCGACGGUGGCGAGGCCACCCAAGACGUGGCGGCCAGUGCUGUAUACCUGGUGCUUGUGGGGCACAGCCCCGAUGACCCAAACAAGAUGCUGCGCUGGGCUUAUCGGCUGCGGAGGCGCGGCCUGCUGUCGUCGGUGCUUCGGCACGGCGCGCUGUGCGGCGGCGCAUCGGCGUCCAGCGGUCGCGGCGACUACAUUGUCGACGGAAGCGUCGACGGAAGCGAGGCCUCAGAGCAGCACUCGGGGCGCGUGUGGCGCCUGGCGCACCUGCUGCGCCCGGACGCCGCCGCGGUGGAGGCGGUGCUCGUCGACUUCGCAGCCCACUACCUGUCGCGCGCGCUGUUUGAACAGAGUUCCUACAGGCGGUUUUUCUUCGGCGAUGACGCCUAUCAGGGGACGCCCAAGGCGUGGCAGCUGUGGAUGCGGUUCCUUCGUGCACAUGGGGACGGGUUUUGCGUCGCGUCAUGGCCCAGCGGCGUGAUUGCUAAGGGCGCUGAGCUCUUGCUGGGGCGCUUCGAGGCGCAGGAGGGGUCAGAAGGCAAAGUGGAGCUGCUUCAGGGGUGCGAGGGCCGCGGCGGAGAGGCGGCGACCCCGGGGAUUGGGGAGGGAGGAGGGCCGCGGGUGGAGCGCGGCGCAGGGGCGCUUGACCAGCGCCCGGGCGCUCCUCACGCGAGCGACCGCGCCACCCAGUUUGCCGCGUUGCUGUGCUACAAGGUGCCCCGCGCGUGCGCAGCCGCCGUGAACGACGCUGUGCCGUGGGCGCUGGCCCGGAUCAAGAACGAGCGAGCAGCCGUGCGUGCGGAGGUCCUCCAUGCCCUCGUCUCCGGCGGCGGCAGCGACACUCACCGCUACUACCCCCAGGCCUGCUGCGCGAGCCUGCAGGGCCCGGCUGCCUGGCCGCUGGCUUUGCUGGAUGCGGCGCACUACCCCCUGCUGGAGGCCGCGCUUGUCGGCGCGAUGGCGGCGCCCGACUGCGGGGAGAGCCUGCAAACCGUGGUGCUGUGCGCUCUGCAGGCGGCAGAGGCUCGGGCGGAGCAGGGCGGCCUGCUGGGAAGUUGCCGCGGCGGCGCCGGGGGCGACGGCGGCGGCGACGGCUGGGUUGCCGGCCACGGCGGCGGCGGCGGCGGCGACGACAGCAGCAGCGACGGCGGCGACGGCAGCGACAGCGACAGCGACAGCGAGCAGGAGGAGGGCGAGGAACAGGACGCGCCUUUCAGCGCAGGCGGCGCUUGGCGCCCGGCCGCGGCGCUGGGUCCGGCAAUCAGCCACGAAGUGCUGCGCCGCAGCGAGGACGCGCCCGCCGCGAUCGACGCCAUGCUCUCCCACCUCCUGCCGCUGUAUGCGGCCGCCGGCCGGCGCACCGCCGCGGCGCGCCUGCUGGCCGCGGCGACGCCCUUUGCGGUGCCCGCCGAGCGGCCCGUGGCCGCCCGCGCGCUCGGGGUGAAGCCCGGCGCGGCGCCGCCGCCCGUCCUGCGGUCGCUGCUGCUGCGGACCGCACAGGCGGCGCUCCCGGGCACAAACUGGGGCGUCGAAGAGCCCUUCGAGGCGGCGCUGGGGGAGCCGGGCCCGGACGUGGUGGAGUGGCUGUUGUCUGCGGGCAACCUGUCUUAG